UCACGCACCCUUGGCUCGUACGCAAUUUUUUUUAUUUUGAGCAAAACAGCAGUUAGUAUGGGAGGUUCCUUCAAAAACUACGACAACCAGAGUCAUGAGGUUAGUGAAGAAGAAUCUGAGAAUUACCCUUAUCACCACCAUGCACCACUUGUUAUGCAUGUAAAUGUGAACAACAAUUCUCAUUCCAACAUUGCAACUACUACUUCUGCUCUUUCUAACAAACGUUCCACUGUGAGAAUUCUGUGCAAAGCAGCACCAAAUUUUUCUCUUUCCAUUCGGGACGGCAAGGUCAUUCUUGCACCUGCGGAUCCAAGCGACGCGUACCAGCAUUGGUAUAAGGACGAGAGGUACAGCUCUAUGGUGAAGGAUGAAGAGGGGUACCGUGCUUUUUGUCUAGUGAACAAAGCAACCAAUGAGGUCAUGAAGCAUUCCAUUGCUGACUCUCACCCAGUUCGGUUGGUGCCAUACAAUCCAGAGUAUUUGGAUGAGUCUAUUAUGUGGACUGAGGCCAGUGACCUGGGUAAUGGCUACAGAGCCAUUAGGAUGGCAAAUAAUAUUCAUUUGAAUAUGGAUGCUUUAAAAGGUAUAAAAGAACUUGGAGGGGUCCAAGACGGCACAAUUGUUGCGCUGUGGAAAUGGAAUGAUGGCGACAACCAGAAAUGGAAGGUUGUACCAUAUGGUGAUGAGGACUCUGCUAUUGAUGCUGACCACAGUCUAAUGCGGAGGCUGGAUCGCUUGGAGUUGAACAUGCAGGCGAUGUUCGAUGCUCAGCAAAAGUACCUUGAGGGCUUGUCUAAACGUUUUGGUAAUGAAAAAUUAUCUGGUUAUUAAGUAUCUGUAUGUUAAGUUAUACACUUUUUUUAAGUGAUUAAAAUUAAAAGUUCA